GCAGCAGAGGCUUUAGCUGCGCCUUAUGCAAGGAGCUAGGAGCGCAGCAGGAACCGCAGCACCGAGAGUCCCCACCUCGCAAGUGCCUGUCUGACCUUAGCCCCAGACAGAAGCUCGCGCUAGUCACUUGUUUGCUCCGGUUGUUCCCAUGUUACCCUUUUGGGUAACGGGUGCUGCAGCUGGGAUUGUCUCCCUGCAUCUCAUCCAGAAACUCCUCUUCCCCUACUUCUGGCACGACCUGAAAUACCUGCUUAAAGUGGUAAAGUAUGGGCUGACCUUGGAGAUCUACAGGCUGCGAGGGAAGAUUUUCACGGUGCUGGACAGGUUUAUGAAACAAGCUGAAAGGCAGCCCAACAAGCCAUUCAUCCUCUAUGAUGGGGAUGUUCACACCUACCAGGACGUGGAUAGAAGGAGUAACAGGGUAGCUCAGGUCUUCCUGCAACAGGGAGCUCUGAAAAAGGGGGAUACAGUGGCCCUGCUGAUGAGUAAUGAACCCGACUUCAUCCAUGUGUGGUUUGGAGUGGCCAAACUGGGCUGUGUGGUGGCUUUUCUCAACUUCAACAUCCGAUCCACGUCUCUUCUGCAUUGUAUUAGCAGCUGUGAGUCCAAGAUACUCAUUGUGGGAGAAGAUAUGCUUGGGACAUUAGAGGAAAUUCUUCCCAGCCUCCAAAAAGAUAUUGGUGUUUGGGUAAUGACAAGAGACUGCACUCUGCCACGUGUUAAUACCCUUUUAGACAAACUGGAAGCUGCAUCUGAAGACUGUGUACCAGUUAAUCUCCGCUCUGCAAACAACCUCAAGUCCUCCGUACUCUACAUUUUUACUUCAGGAACAACAGGGCUACCAAAAGCUGCAGUUAUCACUCAUCUGCAGAUUCUAAAAGGAGCUGCUGGAUUAUGGGCAUUUGGUGCUACUGCAGAUGAUACUGUUUAUAUAACUCUCCCUCUUUACCACAGUGCAGCUUCUCUCCUUGGCAUCGGUGGAUGUAUUGAAUUGGGUGCAACUUGUGUCUUAAGAAAGAAAUUCUCAUCUAGUCAGUUCUGGAGUGACUGCAAAAAGUACAAUGUGACUGUUAUCCAGUAUAUUGGAGAACUUUGUCGUUAUCUUUGCAAUCAACCUGUGGAUGAAGGGAGAAAAGAUCACCAAGUUCGCUUGGCAAUUGGAAAUGGAGUAAGGAGUGAUGUAUGGAGAGAAUUUCUAGGCCGAUUUGGUGCCAUCAAGAUGUGUGAGUUUUAUGGGGCUACUGGGAACAUUUGUUUCAUGAACCACACCGGGAAAAUUGGAUCUGUGGGACGUACUAAUUUCUUUAUAAGGCUUUUUUCCCCUUUUGACUUAAUCAAGUAUGAUUUUAAAAAAGAUGAACCAAUUAGAAAUAGGCAUGGUUGGUGUGAGAAGGUUAAGAAAGGUGAGGCUGGUCUUCUCAUUUCCAAAGUGAAUGCAAAGAAUCCCUUCUUUGGCUAUGCUGGGAGUAAGAAACAUACGGAAAAGAAGUUACUCUGCGAGGUGUUUAAGAAGGGAGACAUUUAUUUUAAUACAGGGGAUCUGAUGGUUCAAGACCAAGAGAAUUUUCUUUACUUUUGGGACAGGAUCGGGGAUACUUACAGAUGGAAAGGAGAGAAUGUUGCAACCACUGAAGUUUCUGAUGUCAUUGGUAUGUUGGACUUCAUACAGGAAGCCAAUGUAUAUGGUGUUCCUGUGCCAGAUCAUGAAGGAAAAGCAGGAAUGGUCUCUGUUAUUUUGAAGCCUAAUAAAUCAUUAGAUUUGGAACAAAUGUAUGAACAAGUUGUGACAUAUCUACCAGGUUAUGCUUGCCCACUAUUUUUAAGACUCCAGGAAACAAUGGAAAUGACAGGAACUUUCAAACCAAAAUUUCGUUUGGUGAGAGAAGGGUUUAAUCCAUCUGCAAUCACUGAUCCACUUUAUUUUUUAUACAGUUAAAAAUCUUAUGUUCCAUUAACCAAAGAAAUUCAUGACAAGAUCUUAUCUGGCAGCUGAAACUUUAAUUAGCAUUAACUUAUUAACAGAUUUGUUAACUACUUUGUAAGAAGCAACAAGUGCACUAAGUAAUACUUCUACGUAGUUUGUAUUCUUGAUAUUUUGCAGCCAUACCUUUUUGAUUCAGAAGUUUUACUACACCUUUCAUUUUUCACCGUCACUGAACACUAAUCAUUUCUCUACCUCCUGAAACACCAAAUAGUUUAUAUUACUUAUAAAACAUGUUUAAAUACAUCUUCUUUGUGUCAUAGAAUCAUAGAAUAUCAGGGUUGGAAGGGACCUCAGGAGG